AAGUAUUUUAUCAAUAAAAAAUCAUUUGGAAAACAUCCAAUAAAUGAUAAACGAAGUGAAUUUGGAGAAUUUCAUCACUUAUAUAGUGAUUUAAGAAAAUAUCCUGCCAAGUUUAAAGAAUAUACUCGAAUGAGUAUUGAAACUUUCGACUAUAUUCUCGAAAAUAUUGGUGAUAAAUUAAAAAAGAAGUGGAGUAAUUUUAUUAAAGUACCAAUAUAUCCAUGUGAACGCUUGAUAGUAACUUUCAGAUUUCUGGCAACUGGAGCAUCAUUUGCCUCACUAGCUUUUUCGUUUCGGCUAGGCAAAUCAACAGUAGGAGCUAUUGUUAAGGAGACAACCCAAGUUCUAUGGGAUAAUAUGUUUACUAUACAUAUGCCGCAGCCAAACGAACAAUGUUUUCAAGAAAUUGCAAAGCAAUACUGGAAGCUAUGGAACUUCCCAAAUUGUAUUGGUGCUAUCGACGGGAAGCACAUACGAAUCAAGUGUCCAGGAAAUACUGGCUCCAUGUAUUAUAAUUAUAAACACUUUUUUUCUAUUGUGUUGCAAGUUGGUGGAUACGGAAAGCAAAGUGAUGGUGGCACUUUUAGCUCUUCCAAAAUCUUUAAUCUUUUAAAAAGUGGAGAACUACCUGUACCAGGAAAUACAUGUCUGCCAAACAGUGAAGAAUUUGUGCCAUAUGUAUUUCUUGGGGAUGAGAGGCUUAUCCCUUUUAGAAUGUUUGUUAAGGCCGAAUAG